AUGGAGAACCCUGCAUACGGACACUGGAACGGUGAAGAUAAACAGCUCGCUGACCAGAGCCAAAUUGACCCAAGCUUCCACCAGCAGAGUGAAUAUGCCGCCGAGGCCGUGGCUGUUGCCCAAAAUGUUCACGAUAGCUCGAUGUCGAUGCCCCCUGUGGACCAGCCCAUGAAUCAGAGCCGCAAUCGUCGGCCACUGUCACAGUCCAAGCGUGCUCAGCAGAAUCGUGCUGCCCAGCGUGCCUUCCGUCAACGUAAGGAAUUGUACAUUAAAGAUCUCGAAGCCAAAGUUCAAGAACUUAAGUCGGCAAAAGAAAACAUGGAAGCUCUCCGCACCGAGAACCAAGAGCUCCGCGAUUAUAUUCUCGCCUUGCAAUCGCGUUGGAUCAACCAGCCUGGUGGAGUGCCCACUCCCCCAGCAGUGUAUGCCCGCAGAAGUCAGGACGAGCUCGAGCACGUCCAGUACGAUGACAAGGGAGACGAGCAGAAGUAG